UUCUGUCAACGUAUAAUGUAAAAAUAGCAAAGAGGGGAAACCUGCUCAGCACAGAGCAGAUCUACAGAGCAGCCCAGUGCACGCUGGUAAACACAGAGACACACAGACAGACGUGGAGACAGGUGUAGAGAUAGAGACAGAGGACACGUACUGGACCUCACCUUGACGUGUGCUGUGAUUGGACACAUAAGGGGACGUGAACAGUGAGACAGACAGGGACAUCAGGAUGUUGUCCAAAAAAGAGGAGAAGAGGUCUUUCGGCAACGGGCGUCUGAGGGACAAAUGGGAGCAGAGAGCGCAGAGCGAGGCCGACCAGUGCAAACAAGAGUCUGACUGGAAGGAGAAGAGUUCCCUCAAAGUACUUUUCUCCAAGUGGACUUAUCACUGGUCUGUCACCAAUGGAGACCAGGCCCAAGGGGAUAUGUCCGACUUCAGGAAACUCGCCAGCCGUGCAGGCGAAGCCGACGCAAACAAGCCGAAGAUCAGAUUCAAGGUCGUUCCUCCUCCUCCCAAAUCCAAACCUGAGCCACGUCCGCCCGCGCCUCCGCCCGGGAGGAGGUCGUCUCCCAAACUUCACAGGCCGAAGCGCAGAGUGGAGGUGGACGUGUUCGGCCUGUGUUGGAAAGAUUCCUGGAAGAGUCUGAAGCCUCCGAAGUAUCUUUACCUGAGGGACAAGGAGAGAAGAACCAGAGUCCAAGGCUUCACAGCCAUAGAGGUGACGAACAACAGGAUGUACAAACAGGAAGUGAGCCGAUCAGAGCAGGAAGUGACGCCACCUGCUGAGGAAUGGAGUCACUCGUGGAAACAGGUGAAGUGUCCGGAGCCGUCCGAGCGUCCCGAGCAGAGACCUUUCCAGUGGGAGGUUCUGCUUGAUAGAAGUUUAGUUGUGAAAGAUAAAGUAGAAGUGUUUUCUCUUCCUGUCUGGGCCGGAACGUGGAAGAUCAUGAACUUUGCGUUCAGACAACAGAAGCCGAGCUGGGAUUGUGUUUGGCCUGAUUACCCACAAUCCCCCAGUGACAAGCUGGAGGCGCUGCAGCAGUUUGAGCAGCAGAAGGAGCCCUCAGACUGGGAGGAGUCCUGGAAACUGUCCGGGGCAGAACUGAAAGCUGAAGAUGAAGAUGAUGAAGAUGUUGAAGAUGACGAAGAAGACGAGGAUGAUGAAGAUGACGAAGAAGACGAAGAAGACGAAGAAGAUGAAGAAGAUGAAGAAGAUGAAGAAGAUGAAGAAGUUGAAGAAGAUGAAGAAGAUGAAGAUAAUGAUGAGACGUUAACUGGGAUGUCCCGGAGGGACGACGCCUCCCUGAUGAUGAAGAUACAUGACUUCUUCCUGCCUGGGUGGAGCGACUCCUGGCUGUUCUCUGCAGCUCCACUAGGGGACGACGAGGAGCGUGAGAAGAGCUGGAGCUCCUGCUGGGGAUACAGACAGCAGAUCAGGUGGUGCACAGCUUCACUGGCGUCUCAUCAGCGACACAGCGACAUGAUGAGGAGGAGGCGAAGAACCAAGAACCUCCUCCUCACCUCACGGCUGGACGACGGCAUCGCAGACAGUGAAGAGUGGACGGAGGCCUGGAGAACUCUGAAAGGAUGGAUCCAACCAGAGGAGGAAGAACUGGAGGAGGAGGAGGAAGAGGAGGAGGAAGUGGAGGAGGAAGGAGUGAACAGUGUGGAGGAUGUAAAAGAAGAUGAGGAGGAGAGAGAUGUCAACGAAAUCGAGGAAAAAGAAGAAGAAAAGGAGGAAGAGAUGGAAGAUGAAGACGAGAAUGAGGGAGUAGAAGAGGUGGAGAAGAAAAUACAGGAGGGGGAGGAUGAAGACGUUGAUGGGGAAGAUAAGGAAAUAAACAAAGGAAAGGAUGAAGAGGAGGAUGAAGAAGUUCACGAGGAGGAGAAGGAAAUAUUCAAAGAAGGUAAGGAUGAAGAAGAGGAAGAAGUUGACAAGGAGGACAUGGAAAUUAAGAAAGGAAAUGAGGAAGAGGAGGAGGAAGAUGAAGAAGAAGAGAAGGAAAUAAACAAAGGAAAGCAGGAAGAGGAGGAGGAAGAUGAAGAAGAGGAGGACAAGGAAAUAAUCAAAGGAAAGAAGGAAGACGAAGAGGAAGAAGUUGACGAGGAGGACAAGGAAAUUAAGAAAGGAAAGGAGGAAGAAGAGGAGGAAAAUGAAGAAGAGGAGAAGGACAAGGAAAUAAACAAAGGAAAGGAGGAAGAGGAGGAAGAAGACGAAGAAGAGGAAGACAAGGAAAUAAAUGAUGGAAAGAAGGAAGACGAAGAGGACGAACUUGACGAGGAGGACAAGGAAAUUACGAAAGGAAAGGAGGAGGAGGAAGAUGAAGAAGAGGAAGAGGAGAAGGAGAAGGAAAUAGACAAGGGAGAGGAGGAAGAGGAGGAGGAAGAGGAGGAGGAAGAAGUUGACAAGGAGGACAAGGAUAUAAACAAAGGAAAGGAGGAAGAGGAGGAGAAAGACGAAGAAGACGAGAAGGACAAUGAAAUAAACAAAAUAAAGGAGGAAGAGGAGGAGGAAGACGAAGAAGAAGAAGAAGAUGAAGAAAUCGAUGGAGAGAAGGACAAAAAUGCAAAUAAAGAUGAAGAAUUAAACAAGAAGGAUGUGGACAAUGAAAUACAAAAUGAGAAGGAGAAAACAGAUGGAGAGGAGGAUGAUGAUGAAGAGGAAGAAGUGGAGGAGGAGGAGGAAGAAGAAAUAAUAACAAAUGAAAAACAAGAGGAGGGUGAAACUGAGAAUGUGGAAAAAGAUGUAGAGGAAGAGGACAAAGGUGAUGAUGAAGUAGAUGAGAAGGAGGAAGACGAACUAAGCAAAGAACAGGAAGACAAGGAUAAGGAAGAGGAGGAAGAGGAGGAAGAAGAAGAGGAGGAUGAGGAGCAAGAGGAGGAGGAGGAAGAUGACAAGCAACAGGUAAAAGAUUUAAACAAGGAGGAGCUGGGUGGAGAAGCAGAGGAAGAAGAAGAAAAUGAGGAAGAUGAAGAGUCCGAUGAGGAGGAGGUCAAAGCUGGUGAAUUGAAAAAGGAAGAGGAUGAAGAGGAGGAGGAGGAAGAGGAGGAGGAGGAGGAGGAGGAGGAGGAGGAAGAAGAAGAAGAAGAAGAAGAAGAAGAGAAAGAGGAUGAGGAGGACAAAGAUCAGGAGAAAGAAGGUGAUGGAGAAGAGCGUGAUGAAGAAGCGGAGGAGGAGGAUGAAGAGGAAGACACUAAAGACGGGAAUGAAGAAGCAGAGGAAGAAAAGAAGUUGUGUAAAGGAGUCGAACCGAAACUGGACGUCCCUCUGCAUCUGCAGUUCCAUAAGCUCCACGCCUCCUUCUCCUCCUGGAAGCAGUCAUGUGUGGUGGCGGUGGCUCACAGAGGAGGAGAUCUGAGUGAGGAGGAAGAGGAGGAGAAGGAGGAGGAAGAGGAGGAGUGGUGGGCUUGGAAAGAGUCAUGGAGGAUUUGCCGCUGGAAGAAGCCGGACGAGGACAAGGUGACGUGUUUCUCCACCGAACACCGGAGACACGUGGGUCUGAUGCUCGAAGACGACGAGAGGAUGAAGAGCGAAUGGAGUCUCAGCUGGAAGAUGAACAGGGCUGCACCGAAGGAGGAGGAAGAUGAGGAAGAGGAGGAAGACGAGGAAGAAGAGGAAGAAGAAGAAAGUUGAAAACUUCAGUUUAAAAUGGGUCUGAAACGUAAAUUUGAAGCAACGAGUAUCAGAAACUUUACCGAGGUACCGAGAAUCCUACAGAUUCAAAAUCAUGUUUUUGCUUUGAACCAAAGUUUGUAGAUUUUUAUUUUUCAUAGUUCUGCUCUUAUUGUGACAUCAUCGUCCUCCUCAGCGUCGGCUUCCUGUCAGGACGUCAGAAAAUAACUCUUUCCAUCAACUGUAAAUAAAAAUGGAGUCGGGGAAGUGACUGAAACCUGUAUUCUCUCAAACGACCAGCAGGAGGCGUCUCCACGUUUUAUACGUCAGUGUCUAUUGAAAGCUAUGAGACUGUGUGAUUGACAGCUCGUACUGUCCAAUGGGUGGAGUUAGCAGGUGUAGUUGGGCGUGCAGUCAGUCUCACUCAGGCUCCACCCCUGUUCCUCCAAAUAUGGUCACUUCUGGUUAUUAAAAAACCAAGAUGAUGCUGAACUGAGAAGUCAGAACCGCUUGGAUCAUAUAACUGCAUCUGAGCGGGAAAGAUCCAGAUCCAUCUGGUUACUGCAUGAAAAACGCCACAAAUAGUUGAAAAUGAAAUGGGAGCUGGAGUUACGCUGGACUCACGCGUGAACAUUCUUUUAAAUGGGUGUGUCCGAUGUUCAGUGACGCUGCUGACAUCAUGACAACGAUAGGUUUCAAGUCUGGGACGCACAACAUGUCGCUGGUUUCAAAUGUUACGUAAACGUUCGCACACGGAGCUCCUCCCCACGUGGUGGGAAAGUAGAUCUGAAUCAAGAGCAUUAAUCUGCUUACGUGCAAAAUCAGUCACAUUGUUUAUUGUCUCAGUGUUUCCUCUGGAGUCCAUUUUGUUUCUUACUUCUUUGUGGCUGAUUCCCAACUGUCUAGAAAUGCUAAUGUUUGCUAACUAGCGUCAUUGCUUAGCCAACAAAUAUUUCUUUCCUCUGUUUUCUUUGAAAUAAAAGAAACAUAAGAUAAACUAAAGUUAGCAUCUUUAAAAACUGACAGUCCGGGAAGAUGAAGCCUCGGCGGCGUGAUGAUGAAGAAAACUGUGUAAAGUUAGUGAAGUUGCAUUCCUACUGCUUUGUUGUAAAGAUCAUGUAUAAAUAAGGAAUGUCACACUUGUGUUAAAUUAUAAAACCAUAAACCAAA